CAGCUGUUCAGUUUUGUGUGGUUGGCCGCUUGAUCAUUGUCGGUUAAGUUUGGCGUGUUUGUUCCGUUAAUGAAUACAAAUUCAGAUUAAAACCUACAAAUCUAAGAGAAAAACCCGUGUGUAGUGGCAGGUUUUGUGUUAAGCAUGUGUACUAUUCGGUGUAGUUAUGAAUACAAGGGAAAGGGAGUUUCGCGGGUUUGAGAAAAUAGCCGCCAAAAAAAGCGACGACAUAAACAAAGUGCUUUCAGCGAUAAUUUUCACCGCAGAAGCCGAAUUGAACGCGUUUUCGAGCACACCCAGUCGCCCCAAUAAAAUGGAAAUGUCGUUUUCCAAGUACUGCGGAGAUGCCUUGAAAACAGACCCCAAUUUGCACAUAAUGGACUAUGAUAGCGGCUACAUGUCGCAUAAUCAGGAAUCGAACUCUGAUUCCUCAAUGGAAAACGCUACCGUGGAAUCAAACCCGCUAAGUUUUCUCUCCCAAUCAAUUUUCCUCAGCGAAGAUGCUUUACUUGAGCGACCAGAUAUCAACAUUAAAAACUUGAAUUUGAGCGUGGAAAUCGACAAGGAAGAUCACGAAGAAAUGCACAGGUUGUUUAAUUUAAACGAUGACGAAAUAGUAAACCCGUCACUACCAAGUGUGGAAACGCAGUUUAGCGGAUUUAAUAGUGGUUCCAGCAAUGAUAGCGACAUGUCCAUUGACAUUGCAAUCAUAGAACCAAUAGUUUAUAGUGAAAGUACUAAUGAUAGUGCUAAUGGCACUCUAAACAAAACUGCGGAACAAGACGUUUCAAGAAACCUGCAACUUGAAGAUAUGGAGAUAUCAAAUGCAAGUAUAAAAUUAGAAACCUCAAUAGUCGAAGAAUUGAAAGGUAAAACCCCAGUUAAAAUUCUUGAAACACCUGUGUUAAUUCCUGUUAAAGCUGAACCUCAAUGUGAUAAAAAUAAGGUUUUCAAUAAACCCAAUAUAAUAUUAAAUGACAUAACAAAUCAAAACUUAGUUUUAUCCCAACCGAAAAAUACCUACAAAACUUACAAUACAGAAAACAAGGAAAACAUUUCAACAAAGUCAAAAACCCCCAAAAAAUUACUCAAAAAUAAUAUUGAUCCACAAUACAGCCCUGAUUUGUUUGACGAAGAACCCUUAGUGAUACCCAAAGAAGUGAAAGUGGUAGUUCCAAGUGAUUUCAUAGCAGAGGAAAAAUAUAUCAUCAAAAAAGAUGCAAGACUUCUAAAGCGUGUUCAAAACGCGUUAAGUGGUGUUCCUCCCCCCAGCAGUGUCACAGUAAUGAAUUUAUCAGUGGAAGAUAUGCUGGCAAAGCUGGAAAGCAAUAAGGAGUUCUUCUGGUCCAAUAACUCAUCUGAAAAUACACCAGAAGAAGUGCUAAACACCAGUGAUGAAAGUUUUUGUGGUGGUUCCAAGUCUUUGCUUGUUACUACUUCUAGUUAUGUGAAAAAAGACUUUCCGGAAGAUAUGGAGGAGAGAUUUCAUGGUUUGCACUUCAACCGCAGCAAAAUAUCCGAGGAGCUGGAACUGCUGCUGGCAAAGUUCGGGCAGCGCUGCGUGGGCGCAGAGACGCAGUCGUCGUGCACUGCGUUCGAGUGCGCGGGAUCCGCGUCUAGCCCGUCGAAGCGGCGCAUGCAGAAGAACCGAUGGGGCGCGCUCAAGUCGCCCGGUCGCAGGCUCAGCCACCUGGCCAGGCGGCGCAUCACCUUCUCCAGCGCCAACCUGCAGGCCGGGCCCUCGAUGGCCGGCAUGCGCGCUCGACAGAUCAUGAUCGACGCUAAGAGAUUGGACUUGACCAGCAGAAGAAAGAGCCCCAUGAAAAGUCCGCGGAAGACUCCGAAGAAAACGCCCAGCAAGAGCCCCAAAAUAAAAACCCGAACGCCAUCCAGCUCGGCGAAGAAGAAGCUCGCCAUGCGCUUCCGCAUCUUGAGCGGCGAGUUCGAGAACAGAACAGUCCCGAGCACUUCCUCUGAAAAUCUGUCUUUGUCCUCGAAAAGGGCUCUUUUCCAGAGCCCCUCCAAGACCGCGAAGAGCAUGUUCCAGCCCAGCACGUCAGGAAUGGCAACUAAAAGGGGCCCCGCCAAGAGGGCGCUGUUCGCGUCCCCCCUCAAAAAUUCCCCGAAGAAGAUGAGGAACUCCCCCUUCAAAUCAUCCCCCUGCAAGAAGCGCAAGAGAAUUGAUGUUGGCGAGGAAAACCCGUGCAAAAUGGCGCGCAGCUUUUCCAUGGACAUAAAACCGUCUGAAUCGGAAAUUUGCUCGACUCUAAUCAGGUCUAGGAGCGAACUCAACGUGAGGAAUCAGAUGGCAGACUUGAGCGACAUGCACAAAAAAAAACUGCAGUGGGCCGUAUACGAGGCACUGCGCCAUCACGGCGUGACGCCGGCGCACGCGCAGUUCAAAGUGUUCGCGUCGAUCCUGGCGCGCGCCACGCGCCGCUUCUUCUGCGCGUCGCGCGCCGAAGGCGGGGGCAGCACCAGCGACCGCAUGCUGCGCAUAGCGCGCCACCACGUCUUCGCGGUAAUUCGCGGGAAAUCCGUCGAAGAAAUCGUCCACGAGCAUCUCAGGGCGCGGGCUAAGACCCAGAAGGUACAGGGCUACGUGGCCCCAGAUCACUUUGAUCAGCUGCAGCUGCAACCCGUCAGCAACAACGCCAACGAUCAAAAGGUCGAGCGCAUCCGAAAGGCGAUCAAUUUUUAAUUGGCGACCGCCCUAUUUAUAACCCUGUAUAUUUCCUGUAAAAAUGGACUCAAAUGGAUUCAAAUUUUGCCGUUGCUCAAGACUUUUCGACAAUUGAUUACAAUCGAGGGGCCUAUGGUAAAAAGGGAAAAAAAAUAACAGUAGGAUUAAAUCCAUUGGAAAAGGAGGGGAA